CGCGUGCUUGCAAGCUGUUCAAGAAGAGGACGAUUCUUUUCACGUAGUCCGUCUGUGGAGUAGGGCAGCUCCAGACGAGACAUCCAGCAAGGAGUAAGAGGGUACGGGGUAUCUGCCAUAUAAAUUACAGCAAUAAAACCAAAACUGGGUUUCGAGUUGGUUGUCGGCUGUGUCGUCUUUAAGAUGUGGAGGCUGUAUUUGCGACUGGUGGCCAUUGCAGCUCUUUGUCUAUGUACCCUUGCCCAAGCUCAAUCAGACUUAUUCCAGUUAGGAGACAAAAGAAAUACAAAUAAAUAUUGUGGCAGAAAUCUAGCAAAUAUGCUUCGAUACGUUUGUAAUGGAAAUUACUACCCAAUGUUCAAAAAGGCAUCACAAGAUGUGGAAGAUGUGAAUGACUCUGGUAUUUGGAUACAGCCUCUACCAAUAGAAGAACCCCAAUUACAAUAUCCAUUCCAUUCAAGAUCAAAUGCAGCAACCCUUGUUCCUGGCUCACUCAGAAGACAUACACGCGGUGUUUAUGAUGAAUGUUGUCGCAAAAGUUGUACCAUACAAGAAAUGGUAAGCUAUUGUGGAAGUCGAUAGUCUAUGAACAGACAAUAAAAGGAAACAUCAUCUUAUUGCUUAUAAAUAGACUGUGACUUAAUAAAGGGAACACUCUGUACAUACUGCAACUGGUGUUUAAAAUUUCCAAAACAGUGUUUUGUGACUGUUUACAAAUAAAACCAUUUUAAAUGUC